UGUCUGUCCAGGCGCCCUGAUCGACCUCACUAAGGAGAAUUCCAAGGAGGCCUCCCAGAGCAGCAGUACCAUGUCUGCCAGCAGCACCCAGGAGGACCAGAACAGAUCCUCCGAGUUCAUCGCUGGCUAGCAGGAGAGCAGAGUUGCAGGGGAAGUGAUGGAAUACCAGGAUGGGAAAGAUUUUGGAAUUGGGGAGUUCAUGUGGGGGAAGAUCAAGGGCUUCUCCUAGUGGCUUGCAAUCAGUCUCCUACAGAGUCACGUCCAAAUGUCAGGCAAUCUCCGGAAUGCGCUGGGUGCAAUGGUUUGGGGACGGGAAGUUCUCCGAGGUUUCAGCAGACAAGCUGGUAGGUCUGAUGGCUUUUAGGCAGCAUUUCAACCACCCCACGUUUAAUAAGCUGGUCUCCUAUCAACGAGCCGUACACCAUGUCCUGGAGGUUGCUAGGAGCCGGGCAGGGAAGACGUUUCCAGAACCCCCGGCCAAGCAGCUAAAGACUAACUUCUGCAACAGCAGCAAGAAGCGGGUGGUUUCCGAAGUCACAAACAACAACAGGAGCCUUGAAGACAGUUGUUUAUCAUGCGGGAGAAAAAACCCAGCUACUUUCCACCUGCUGUUUGAGGGGAGCCUUUGCCAGACUUGCAGGGAUCGAUUCCUAGAGCUUUUCUACAUGUACGACGAGGACGGGUACCUGUCCCACUGCACCGUCUGCUGCGAAGGCAAGGAGCUGCUGCUGUGUAGCAAUGCCAGCUGCUGCAGGUGCUUCUGUGUCGAAUGCUUGGAGGUCCUGGUAGGGCAAGGUACCUCGGCCAAAGCAAUGGGAUGUGAUGUGAAUUUCACUCUUCACAAAGUAACCGUGCAAACCAUACAGACACAUUAA